AUGUGAGGAGGGAUGCUAGCCUACAUACUGUGUUGUACCAUGUUUCAACGACCAACAAAGUCAGGCUCUAAGAAAAGGAGAGAAAGACAAGAGAGAGGGACUAAAGGGCGACAGUAUGUCACCCAGUUUUUCACAAGAAAAGGACCAACAGAUCCAUCUUUAGGCUCAGCAGCCCUGUCCCCCCAUAAGGCUGAACCUGAACCAGAACCAGCUUUUCUCCCAACUGAAGGAGAUGAGGACGCCCCUCCGGAGUGUGUGGACCAGCCGGAUCUCGCUAACUGCGAUCUGAUCGUCUACGCCCGGCUCUGCUCCAACUCGUAUUACUCCAGCUUCUGCUGCGCCAGCUGCACCCGCCACUCGCUGAGGAAGAGGAUGGGGGAGAGGCUCUGGUAGAGAAACACUGAGGGAUGAAGAGGAGGGGAGGACUGCUUUUUAAAAACACUGAACUUCUGCUAAAAGGGACUUAACGAAACACUGCUAUCUGCAGCUAACGCAGAUCACAUGAGAGGAGAAGAAGGGACGGAUUACUGUUUUCAAAGUUCAGGGAGUCUGUUCGUACACUGCUGCAAAAACACUGAAUAUAAAAACGUAUAUUUUCUUUUUUUUUAUUCGUUAUUUGGAGUCACAUAGUAUUUAUAUCACAGUUUGCACAAUCAUCAUCUUCCUUGUUUUUAUUCUUUCCAAAUAUACCGUUCCAUUCAUAAAUCUGGUAUUUCAGUAGAGUCUCAUUUACGUAGGUGCAAAGCCCUCGGCAGGACAUACAUUUUUAAUGAUUAAAUAACUAAAUGUGGCUUUAAAUUAAAUGUGUGUGAAUGUAAAAGUCUGUUGAAACUUUCCUCCUCUCUGAAAUAAGUUAUUCACUCCACAUGUUCUCUGUUUUCUAGAGGAUUAUUACAUGUAUUCCCUCCAGCUGUCUGUUCUUUUGACCACUGCUCUUUUUGAAGUUUCACUGAUAA